UCGACGCGCCUCUUCCCUCCGUCCCACUCGCACUCCUCCAAAAUGGGGAUUUCAAAUUUUCCUCUCUCUCUCUCGGGCCAUAAAGGAACCCAAACCACCAUAGCCUCUGAGCUUUUAGCUAUCUACGCCUUGCUGCCAAACGCCGCCGUAUCAUUCUCUCUUUCAAAUUAACCUCUUCAACCGACGUCGGUCGCUUCCUCUCAACUCGCGAGACCCAAGGGCCACAGUAACAGACGCCUCUCCUCCAAAACGCGCCAUCAUUUCUCUUUCUCCUCGCCAUCGCUCCGGCGCUCGAGCUCGAAAGCUACUCAAGGCGGGAGUUGCCAAGCCGCCGGUGAUAUGUUUCAAAUCCAGCCACUAGGUUUGGUAGAUGUGCGAGGGCUAUCGCAGUGAACGGACGAGCUAGCAGCUUGCUAGAUGGAUUUACACCGCACCAUGACUGCAAUCUAACACCAACAAUGUGGUGGUGCCCAACAUGAUGGCAUCUCUCUCAAAUGACUGAGUGAAGAGGCUCAGUUUCUGAUCCAAUUAAAACCUAAAUCUUACACAAAGAGACUACUUCUCAUGACACAGUCAAGAGCCGAGCUUAACAAGGAGAUAGAUCGAAUGGCAGGGAUAUUGAAGGCACCAGGUGCAUUCGCAAUUACCCCACACAAAGUCUCUAUUUGCAUACUGUUGCAGAUCUAUGCGCCCCCCGCUCAAAUAUCUGUCCCCUUCCCUUUUUCUUCUGUUUCUCAACACAACCGCCUCGGCUUAUACCUGCUGGCUCUCACCAAGUCCUGUGAUGAUAUUUUAGAGCCCAAGCUGGAAGAACUUACAAAUCAAUUGAGAGAAAUUGGUGGUUUGAUGGAUCAUUGGUUGACUGAUCACUUGACGAAUAGGUUGUCAUCUCUAUCGACAGCCGAAGAUUUGUUCAAUUUCUUUAGUGAAAUGCGAGGAAUACUUGGGGGUCCUGAUUCAGGAGUUUUAGAAGACGAUCAGGUUAUUUUGGAUCCAAAUGGCAACUUGGGGAUGUUUCUACGCCGUUGUGUGCUUGCUUUUAACCUAUUAUCUUUUGAGAUAUUGAAGUUUCUGCUGACCUAAUCAAAAGGCGGCAACAAAGUUGGGGAAACUUCUCCAUUUGCAAACACUUCAGCUGAUGCAUUGAGAGAUAUUGAAUCAAACAGUGGGGUGUUCCUACGGACAAAUUGGCAGAUCCAAGGAUACCUAAUGGAGCAAGCUGAUGCGAUUGAAAAACAUGGCUGCUCUUUCUCCUUGAAUGCUUUUGAGGUUAUCCUAAGACGGCUUCAGAAAUUGGCCCCUGAGCUACAUCGUGUUCACUUCUUGCGUUACUUGAAUAAUCUAUAUCAUCAUGAUUAUUUUGCUGCUUUGGAUAGUCUUCACUGCUACUUUGAUUACAGUGCAGGAACUGAGGGAUUUGAUCUUGUCCCUCCUUCAGCCAGCUGUAACAGUUUUGGAAGAUAUGAAGUUGCUUUAUUGUCUUUGGGAAUGAUGCAUUUUCACUUUGGGCAUCCUAAGCAAGCUUUAGAGGUUUUAACUGAAGCAGUACGUGCUUCCCAACAGCAAAGUAAUGACACUUGCCUAGCGUAUACUUUAGCAGCUUUAUGCAACUUGUUGUCUGAAAUUGGAAUCUCAAGUACAACUGGCAUACUUGGGUCAUCAGAUUCACCUGUGACUAGCAUAGUUACUUCAUUAUCCGUCCAGAAGCAAUUAUUUGUUCUCUUGAAAGGGUCUCUGAAGAGAGCAGAAAGCUUAAAGUUGAAACGAUUAGUAGCUUCUAUUCAUCUUGCAAUGGCUAAAUUUGAUUUAACGCAUGUGCAAAGACCUCUAUUAUCAUUUGGUCCCAAAGCAUCCAUGAAACUCAGAACAUGCCCUGUUAAUGUUUGCAAGGAACUGAGAUUAGGUUCUCAUUUAAUCAGUGAAUUUUCUUUAGAAAGCUCAGCAAUGACAAUUGAUGGUGCUCUUUGUACUGCAUGGCUUAAGAACUUGCAAAAGCCAAUGGGUUCCCUGGUAUUUUCUCAAGAUAAUAGAUCUGGAAAUGAUUCCAAUGUUUUACAGUUCUGUGCACAACCAAGUUCUAUUCCUGGAUCUGUAUUGCAAUUAGUAGGUUCUUCAUACUUGUUCCGUGCCACUACUUGGGAGCUUUAUGGCAGUGCUCCUCUUGCUCGUCUGAAUGCACUGGUUUAUGCAACUUGCUUCGCUGAUGCUUCCAGUUUAUCUGAUGCAGCAUUAGCAUAUGUGAAGCUUAUCCAACAUUUAGCUGCAUAUAAAGGAUAUAAAGAUGCCUUUGCCGCACUUAAAAUAGCUGAGGAGAAGUUUUUGUCUGUUUCUAAGUCUAGAAUAAUGCUACUCAAGUUACAGCUAUUCCAUGAGCGUGCUUUGCAUCGGGGACAUCUGAAGCUAGCUCAGCAAAUAUGUGAUGAGCUUGAAGGUUUGGCAUCACCUGUUACUGGUGUAGAUAUGGAGCUGAAGGUAGAAGCAAGCUUUUGCCAUGCUCGUACAUUGCUGGCAGCGAAGCAGUUCAGCCAGGCUGCAGCUGUGGCACACUCUCUUUUUUGCAUGUGUUACCAAUUCAAUCUCCAAGUUGAAAAUGCCUCAGUUCUUCUUUUGCUUGCUGAAAUUCACAAGAAAUCAGGAAAUGCUGUUCAAGGCCUUCCAUAUGCAUUAGCAAGCAUCUCAUUCUGUCAGUCAUUUAACUUGGAUCUCUUAAAAGUGUCAGCCACCUUAACACUUGCUGAGCUGUGGCUUGCACUUGGAUCAAGUCAUGCAAAAAGGGCUUUAUCCCUCAUACAUGGGGCAUUUCCAAUGAUUCUUGGCCAUGGGGGUUUGGAGCUUCGGGCUCGUGCUUAUAUUUUUGAAGCAAAAUGCUACUUAUCUGAUCCAAGCUUUUCAGUUUCUGAAAAUUCUGAGGUUGUUCUGGAACCUUUGAGGCAAGCUGCAGAUGAUCUUCGGGCACUGGAGUAUCAUGAACUGGGGGCUGAAGCUUUCUACUUGAUGGCAAGGGUACAUGACUUUCUAGGGGAUUUGGAGAAAAGGGAAGAAGCUGCAACUUCAUUUAAGCAACACAUUACUGACCUUGAGAAUCCUCGGGAUGAGGAUGAUCUUCUCGAUAAUAUUUGACGAACAAAACUGAAAUCUGGGAAUUGUUGUAGGUAUCAUAAUGCCAUACACGAGUGGGGUUUGACAAAGGUUGCUCUUCUACUCUAACCAUGUCCUAAGUUAAUGACUUCAUGUAAUAUCAUCACUUCGUCGUUUAAAAGAAAUUUUGUUCAGAGGUUAGUGAAGCUGUUAUAAUUCUAUGACUGCAUUCAGGACCGGUUUUUGUUUGGUCAUUCUAUCUCUUUUCGAAAAUAUAUAUAAUUUGCACGGUCAAGGUUCUUGGCUAACACA